AUGGGUACAGACGGAGCCGCUGUUAGCGUGGCUGUGCUGGCGUCAUGGCGUGGCUGUGCUGACGUCCUGGGUAUAGACGGAGCCGCUGUUAGCGUGGCUGUGCUGGCGUCAAGGGUACGAGACCGAGCCGCUGUUAGCGUGGUUGUGCUGACGUCAUGGGUACGAGACGUUGUUAGGGUGGCUGUGCUGACGUCAUGGGUACGAGACGGAGCCGCUGUUAGGGUGGCUGUGCUGACGUCAUGGGUACGAGACGGAGCCGCUGUUAGCGUGGCUGUGCUGACGUCAUGGGUACGAGACAGAGCCGCUGUUAGCGUGGCUGUGCUGACGUCAUGGGUACGAGACGGAGCCGCUGUUAGCGUGGCUGUGCUGACGUCAUGGGUACGAGACGGAGCCGCUGUUAGCGUGGCUGUGCUGACGUCCUGGGUACGAGACGGAGCCGCUGUUAGCGUGGCUGUGCUGACGUCCUGGGUACGAGACGGAGCCGCUGUUAGCGUGGCUGUGCUGACGUCAUGGGUACGAGACGGAGCCGCUGUUAGCGUGGCUGUGCUGACGUCCUGGGUACGAGACGGAGCCGCUGUUAGCGUGGCUGUGCUGACGUCAUGGGUACGAGACGGAGCCGCUGUUAGCGUGGCUGUGCUGACGUCAUGGGUACGAGACGGAGCCGCUGUUAGCGUGGCUGUGCUGACGUCAUGGGUACGAGACGGAGCCGCUGUUAGCGUGGCUGUGCUGACGUCCUGGGUACGAGACGGAGCCGCUGUUAGCGUGGCUGUGCUGACGUCAUGGGUACGAGACGGAGCCGCUGUUAGCGUGGUUGUGCUGACGUCAUGGGUACGAGACGGAGCCGCUGUUAGCGUGGUUGUGCUGACGUCAUGGGUACGAGACGGAGCCGCUGUUAGCGUGGCUGUGCUGACGUCAUGGGUACGAGACGGAGCCGCUGUUAGCGUGGCUGUGCUGACGUCAUGGGUACGAGACGGAGCCGCUGUUAGCGUGGCUGUGCUGACGUCAUGGGUACGAGACGGAGCCGCUGUUAGCGUGGCUGUGCUGACGUCAUGGGUACGAGACGGAGCCGCUGUUAGCAUGGCUGUGCUCAUAGGUACGAGACGGAUCCGCUGUUAGCGUGGCUGUGCUGAGGUUAUAGGUACGAGACGGAGCCGCUGUUAGCGUGGC